AUGUCCUCCCUUUCAGCUAUCUACAGCAAAAUUAUGCCCCGAUUACGAAUUUUGGCCACUUCUAUCCUUUUUCAAUCUCCAAACAGCUCUGUAAAUCGCUUGGGUAUCAAAUGUGUUAGCAGUGAACGAUAUUUCACAACAAAAACAAGGUCGAUCUUCACACAUAAUGCCGGCUCUGCUGCAACUACUUCCAUUAUUGCAUCAAGGCUUCUGCCUUCUUCAUUAUUUCCCAAGGUGAAUUUGUCGUCUUGUGUCUUUUCUGUUGUUCCCAGCUCUGCCAAUUUUUCAUCCUGCACCUCUUCCUCAGCCCUGUGCACCAUAUUGCAAUCCUGGACAAAUGGUGGUGCUACAAAUAUACGAUUACAUCCGAGACCUCUUCUACCCAGAUUUGUCAAUGUCACCCCUUUUUGCAGAUCUUUACACACAGAGGUGGAUGCUGAGUUAUCAAGAUUCUUAGAAAAAGAAAUAAAACUUGGACAAAACACAAAGAAAUAUCCAACAAAGCUGCCUGUCAUCCAAGGCUUUGACAUUGUUACUGACAAUGCUAAAGUGACACUGACAAAGAAUUUGGGAAAUGAAACAAUUACUGUCAACUUGAACAUUAAUCAUUCUGUUGAUGCUGAUGAAAAUGAGAUGUUAACUGAUCAGAAAGACGAUGAUGUCACACAGAUGGUUUCUCGCCCUCCCUUCACUGUUGAAAUUAACCAGGGUGAGAAAGAAAUAUUUGCCCUUCAGUGUUCUUUCCCAUCAGCUGAGUUUGAUGAUGACCCUUCAAGCAAAGAUGAAGAAAACAUGGUUGAUUUAUUCCAAAUUGAUGAAGUAACCAUUCAUGAAGGGGACUGGAAUGAAAAAAUGUACAGCCUUGGGGCUGAAACCAUGGAUGGGAAUCUUUAUGACUUAUUGAUGGAUAUGUUGGAUGAACGAGGUAUCAACGACGAAUUCAUCAACCAGUUGAUGGAUUUCUGUACAGUCUACGAGCACAAAAGAUACUUGAGCUUCUUGGAUGGUAUAAAAAAAUUUGUGGAUAAAAAAUAA